CAUCUCAUUCUCUCUCUUUCGCCUUUAUCACCUUACAACAACCAUGUCCGGAAAGGGAAAGGGAGGCCGCGGAAAGAAGUCGACCACCAGGUCGGCCAAGGCUGGACUGCAGUUCCCUGUGGGCCGUGUCGGCCGCUUCCUCAAGAAGGGCAAGUACGCGUCCCGCGUGGGUGCGGGAGCUCCCGUGUACCUGGCCGCCGUGCUGGAGUACCUGACCGCCGAGGUGCUUGAGCUGGCCGGCAACGCCGCCCGCGACAACAAGAAGGCCCGCAUCAUCCCCCGCCACAUCCAGCUGGCCGUCCGGAACGACGAAGAGCUCAACAAGCUCCUUGGCGAGGUGACCAUCGCGUCCGGCGGCGUGCUGCCCAACAUCCACGCCGUGCUCCUCCCCAAGAAGGUCGUCAAGAAGUAAGCUCCCCUCCUUCGACAUGGCAGCCUGCUGAUCCGCCGCGUGGUAUCACCACCAACUGCGUGCGAACAAAAACCUGGUGUUUACUCAACACCACCCUUUCGAAACUGAGAAAAACAUCAGAGCCGAACCUGCCGUUUGCCCCCAAGACCUUGAUUUGAGUUGCAGUUUGUUGGAUUUGACGAGUGUUGUGAAAGUUAAAGUUCGUGUCAGCAGGAGGAGAGGUUGUGACUCAGCCUGGUUGAAGAUACCAUCAUGGAUCACAAGGGUGUGUAUGAGUGGUACGUACCUUGUGUCAGUGUGAUACAUAAAAAGUAGUGUACUCACAGAAUUUUCUAAAUGGAUUCGGUUUGAAUGACCCCGAGUGGGAAUGAAUGA